CGACGACCUUCCCCGGGAACGUCACCGCCCACUGUCGGCGCAAUUUAGCCCGAAUAGCGGUUCUCCGCGUUGAUAAUUGGGACAAUUCGGCGCUAGCUCCGUCCUCCGGGUCCCCGCGUCGCUCGGCGUCCCUGAGCCGGUGGGGCUGCAGACGCCCGCGUCUCCUGCGCGGCUCUGAGCGGACGCUGGCAGCGGACAAAGAAGGAAUGCAUCCCCGGAGCGCCGGACCUGUUCCCUCCCGUCCUGCACAAAGCCUGUGAAGCAGGCCGUGUUUCUCCUCGCAGCCACAGGCAGAUGAUGCUCAAACAUGUCGGGGAAUCAUUUCAAAGGCCACGAAGUCAGCUGCUGCAUCAAGUACUUUAUUUUCGGCUUCAACAUCCUGUUCUGGCUGCUGGGCAUGGCCUUGGUUGGGAUCGGACUGUGGGCUUGGAGUGAGAAGGGGGUCCUGUCCAAUAUCUCAUCCAUCACUGAUCUGGGGGGUCUGGACCCUGUGUGGCUCUUCAUGGUGGUCGGCGGGGUCAUGUUCAUUCUGGGCUUUGCUGGCUGCAUUGGAGCUCUUCGAGAAAAUACGUUUCUGCUCAAGUUUUUCUCCGUGUUUCUGGGAAUCAUCUUUUUCCUGGAGUUGACAACAGGAGUUCUGGCCUUUGUUUUUAAGGACUGGAUUAAAGACCAACUUAACCUGUUCAUCAACAACAACAUCCGGGCAUACAGAGACGACAUCGACCUACAGAACCUCAUCGAUUUCACUCAGGAAUAUUGGGAGUGCUGUGGUGCGUUUGGAGCGGACGACUGGAACCUGAACAUCUACUUUAACUGCACUGAUGGGAACCCCAGUCGGGAAAAGUGUGGCGUCCCCUUCUCCUGCUGCACCAAGGACCCAGCGGAGGAUGUGAUAAACACUCAGUGUGGAUAUGACAUCAGAGCAAAGCCAGACUCGGAGCAGAAGGACUACAUCAACGUGAAAGGCUGCGUGCCUCAGUUUGAGAAGUGGCUCCAGGACAACCUCACCUUGGUGGCUGGGAUCUUCAUUGGAGUUGCGUUAUUGCAGAUUUUUGGGAUUUGUUUGGCCCAGAACUUAGUGAGUGACAUCGAGGCAGUGAGGGCAAGCUGGGUGCCCCCCCCUCUGUCCAUGCGUCGACCCCCACCAUACUCCUGCAAGAAAUCAUCGGCUUACUACUCAUGAGACAGCCACGCACAGAAUUUUCUUUACCUAAUGCUGACGGAGCUUCUCUCUAACAGCUUCAGUUCGGAACGUGCACCCCUCAGUACCGUCGGCGAGCACCGUCGGAGAACGCCCCCGAUCACCUUCCCCCCUUUCCUACACUGGACCAGCACUUUUUUUUUUAAUAUUUGAAAGGUUUUGUAUAUAACCACUGUGUGACUACUGAACAAAGAUAGUGAACACGGACGGGAUGAAGAUAACUGCAGUGUUCACACUUUUGAUAGCUGCACUUAGCUGCUUCAACGCGUCUUUUUAAAGCGAGCUCGGUACUUUUCACUGCGAAAGUGUUGGCCCACAUGGAAGGCCGAGAUAAAGACUAAACAAGCAACUGAGAAGAACGUUUGUUAAGGUGCUUGCUUCCACCACGUGUGCUGGUCAGAGCGCAACUAAAGGAGGAAAAGACCACCGAUUUUUCUUGUCGUUACUGAGCCCGGGUAUUUUUCACUGAUUGGGUCAAACUGGGUGGAUAUACUUCAGACCUCUUCUCAAACACAGAAAUAACAGGAAGUGGUUGCUCUACCGAAGCAGAAAAGAGCUGCUGAUAAGAUGCGCUCACUGAGCAAAACUAAUCAAGCGUCACGUUAAAUCCCCGUAAGGGAAGUCGUUUUGUCCACAUGCAGACCAGUGAUGAGGAUGUUUAGAACUGGGCGGUGACACCGUGAUUUGAGCAGUGGUAUUACAGGCAGUUGCUGGAGACGAGGGAAUCAAGGUUAGCGUCACAUGCAGUAGGUCCAUCGUGGAAGUAGAAGUUUAAUGCACGCUGUUAACCUGUUUGCAAAGGAACUGGGAGAAAUGACCCGCCAUGGUGGGCCCAGUAAUGUUUUCAUCACCACUUUGAGAGGCUUUCUGCUCAGGGCCUUGUCUGCUGCACAAAUCUCUCAUUAUGCCAACUGAUCAGUCUCUGGGUCUACAUGGACCUGGAGAACAAAGACCAUGUGGAGAUCCAUCAACACAGGAUGACCUCUAUGCAGCAAGCAGAUGUAAGGAUUGAGUUUUAAAAGCCAUUAAGGGCAGAGGGACCCUCCGUCUUGCCUAACGCAGUCAAGAGGAUAGUUUGGUCUUUUGAUGACAUCAUCAACAAGCAGGUGGAUGUGGGGACUUCUUAGUAUGGUCUGCUGAUGCCCGGCAACAGAUUCCUGGUCCUGGUAGUAGAUCGUCUCCACUAGUUGUUUUCAGUCUCCAUGGUAACCAAACAUUGCACCGUCCAAUGGGUGGUGGUAGCCUCCACUACUUCCACAGUGGCUUUCAGCUUGUUCGUCUGGAUGUCUCCCCAGCAGGUGAUGAUGUAGCUUCUCCUCUAUGAAGAGCUGUCCGUUAGCUUCCUCACAACAUUGAAGGUUAUCCUCGUCAUUAAAAACAGAUGGAAAAACACCCUCCAUUGUUUCACAUGGAACCCAAAAAUAAAUGUACUAUCUGGAGCUACAGGCUUACAAGUUAACUUAUAGUAAUUUGCAGAGUAGACAUUCAGAAAGACUCAGGCUCUUUAGACAUCCCAUACAGGGGUACCAGGUUUCAGCAACGGGACGUACUGAUCACUGGUCUGCGUGUGCACACGAUGACAUCCCAACCAGACCAGGUUCUUUCUGUACAAUUAUUUUUCUGACCCUCUGAAGUGCUCAGGCUGGAUGGUGGCAUCUGGACAUCAUCUCUUCUUUACAGCAUCGCUCAUUAGAGUAAAGCAGAGUGACUCCCUGUUUCCGUUGCUCCUACUAAACACCUGAGUACCUGUUUACACUCAGUAUGGGAACAAUCACAUACGUAGAGGUUUAAAUGCCAGAGCCUGACAGCUUCCUGGGCGCAUUGCUGCGUUCCAUGGAAGAUGGAUGGAGAUAUGAUCUCGCACAUAAAAUAGAAGUGGUUGCUGAGUUUCAGCCUCAUUUAGGAAAAUCUUUAAAUCGCUCCCAAAAAGUUCUCAAGUUAGGGGUCUGGGACUCUUAGCUCCACAUUGGUUGAGAUGUAGAAAGAAAAUGUAGACACCUGUUUCAUAGUUCUGUUUUUUCUGGAUUUAAACAUCCGCCAUGUUUUAGUUGGAAAUCCAAGCUAGUGUUUGUACACGAGGCCCCGGUUCCUCUGCGGGCUUAGAUGCUUUUAUCAAUGGUGCACACCAUUAGGUGUUCUCACUUUCUGUUUAUCCUGUUUGGGUUACAGAGCCUCGGCACCAUGACCGACAGUACGGAGCCCUCUGGGCUGACUGUUGGUUCUAGUAGAGUACUAACACAUCGUUAGGUAUCAUUUUCCUCUGUUCCCUCCCACAUGGUGACGAGGUGAACAAUUAAAAACCUUCACAAUGAGAUCAUCGGUUCAUCUGUACGUUCCUGCAGUGGGAGAUCGUCUUGUGGUGCUGCAGGAGAAACCAACCAACAUGUGACCAAACAGCAGGCACAUGGAGCUGAGCAGGGAUUCUGUCCCGAGGACAACCCAAACAUCCAUCCACAAGGAAACCAGGAACCCUUGCAGUGUCUUUAAAGCAAGAGAAAAUGAUGAAAAACAUUAAUUCAGUAGAAAAAUGCUUGGCUUUAUUUAAAAAAAAAAUUCUAAAUGGCAGUAAAUAUUUAGAAAAGCUGAAAUAAAAAAACAAGGGAGUCCAGGCCAGAUUAAACUUCAUUGUUCCGGUUUUCUGACCAACUCUUGGAUGCUUGGUGUUGCCUCGUUUAUUUCCCAUCUUUUUUUCUAAAUGUAUAUAGAAGUCUGUUCCAGUCAUUACACAGAAUGUCUGUAAGUGUACAGCCCAUCCCGAUCUUUUCUGGGGAGCUGCUGCUUUUACUGAACAGCUUCAGUGAAGCCGAGACCUGGGGUCAACAGACGGGUGGUUUUAUUACAUCAGUGAAAUCAGGAUUUCUGACCGUAUUCAGUGUUUCACAUGACAGCGUUUGUGCACUCAAGGGAAAAAGUCACUUUUCCCCCCAUGAUGCCCGUUCACUUUAUGUAUUCUGAAGCAGCUCUCACCACUGUACACAAGACUGAAUGAAAUCUACUGAAAGGUGUUUCUGUGGAGCUUUUCUACGUGUUCGAGGUGAAUUUAUGCUCUACGCAUGCAUUUGUAGCAAACUAGAGUAUUUUUUCAAGCAGUGGUCUUUGUUGUAAGAUGUUAUAUCCUGAGAAAGUGUGUGGCUACUGGUAAAGGGACGGACACCGUUUUUGAUACUAAAUAUUUAUUGUACAUUUAAUGUGGUUUUCUAACACUAAAACAUUUAGUACCACUGAAGGGAAUCUGUCACUCUUGUGAAAAAGUGGACCACCUGCACUGUACAUCCCAUCUGCAUUUGUGGUGUAACUACCUCCUCAUGUCCCGUUAACAUUGCAAUCAUUUUGUCAUCUAGUAAAAUGACCUGACAGAUC